CUUAUGGAGAAUAGCACAGAAGCAACAGAGUUCAUCCUCUUGGGAUUGACAGAUGACCCUAAUCUUCAGGUCCCCCUUCUCCUAGUAUUUCUGUUCAUCUACCUCAUCACUCUGGUUGGGAAUGGGGGAAUGAUGGUGAUCAUCCACGCAGACCCCCAACUCCACAUUCCGAUGUAUUUCUUCCUCAGUAACCUCUCCUUCGUAGACCUGGGCUACUCAUCAGCCGUAGCUCCUAAGACGGUGGCCACACUGCAUUCAGGGAAUAAAGUCAUCACCUAUAAUGGAUGUGCUGCGCAGUUCUUCUUCUUUGUGGGUUUUGCCACUGUUGAGUGCUACCUCCUGGCCUCCAUGGCCUAUGACCGCCAUGCAGCUGUAUGUAGGCCACUCCAUUACACCACCACCAUGACAGCAGGUGUGUGUGCCCUCCUGACUGCUGGCUCCUAUGUCUGUGGCUUCCUCAAUGCUUCCAUCCACACAGCAAACACCUUUAGACUCUCAUUCUGUGGUUCUCAUGAAGUUAAUCAUUUCUUUUGCGACAUUCCUCCACUCUUAACCCUCUCAUGUUCUGACACUCACAUCAACAACUUGGUUGUCUUCUGUGUCGUGGGCUUCAAUGUCUUCUUCACCCUCCUGGUCAUCCUCAUCUCUUACCUAUUCAUAUACAUCGCCAUUCAAAGGAUGCGUUCUGCUGAAGGACGGAAGAAAGCCUUCUCCACCUGUGCCUCCCACCUCACUGCUGUCACCAUCUUCUAUGGAACUAUCAUCUUCAUGUACUUACAGCCCAGCUCCAGCCAGUCAAUGGACACUGACAAAAUUGCUUCUGUGUUUUACUCGGUGGUGAUUCCCAUGCUGAACCCCUUGAUCUACAGCCUUAGGAACAAAGAGGUUAAAAAUGCUCUCUGGAAAAUACUCAACAAACUUUAUCCCCAGUCGUUAAGGGUGAGUAGGAAGUAG